AUGCUGCAGCUCCCCGUCGAGCUCAAGCUCGUGAUCCUCCGACAGUUGCCAAGCGAGGAUUUGUUCACCCUCCUCUCCGUCAGCAAGCAGUUCAAGGCGCUCGUCCAUCCUGUGUUCUACGAACGCCUGGCGUUCACCAAAGCGGGGUUCGCUUUCGCCCAUGCCCCCAACCCGUAUCCUUUUCUGUCCAUCCCUAAUCUCAAAGGCCAGCUCUCCGUGUCUGACGAAGAACGCGAAGCCAUCAUGAAAGGAAUCCGCCAAAUCACGGUUGCCCCUCACGACCACGCAGGGUGCACGGGCUGGCAGACCAUCCAAACCUCACACUUGCCUGCCAGAGCUGAAGUGCUCAAAAUCGAGCUCGCAUAUCCAUACCGUGAUGGCAUGGCUUGCUGCCAUAAACCUGACAUCUGCGGGGUCUGCCCCGAGUAUGAUGACGACGACGAGGAUCACAUCCACCCUCAUCUCCUUUGCGGGUUCAUCGCUGCCCUCGCUAACGUCCGCGCCAAAAAGAUCGUCAUCAAGAACUACCCAGUCCUUCUAAACGGUGCAAGUCGCCUCGUCUCCCUACCGAAGCUGGCCGAAGACGCGUCGGAAAUGGUCAUUGUGCUCAAGCCACACACCUUGGAGGACACAAGCUACCGCGAGGGUCCUUACUUCGCCGACCUUUGUCCGGACGGCGACAAGUAUCUCGGCGCGAGCGCACUCAUGAACAUGAUCCCGGCAGGGGUAAAGCACCUGACCAUUGUGUUUUACACCCCAUACUCAAGUGCGGAGUGGGCCCCGUACUGCAAGCACUACGAGUAUGACUGGUAUCAGGAUGGCUGCGUGACGCCGUGUCCCUGUGGUGGUGGUUGCCAUGGCGGUGGCAUGUCGUUCGGGGACGACAUGUUGCAGCAAUCAUGCUGGCAGUCUGCGUUCUGGAUCGACCUCGCAAGUGGGAUGGCCGCCUCGAAGGCACACAUCACCAUCGUGAACUACUCGGCCAUCAUCCCUGACGGACUGGAUCGCUACGAAGCUCUUAGAGCGCUCGACAAAGGCAAGCGGAGCACGGUGCGCAAAACGAUCCUGCGUCAGCUGCGCAAAGCGCAUGCCUCGCAAGAGGAAUACGAAGCGCGUGCUGCCGAUAUCGCCUUUGUUUCGAUGGAGAGCUGGAUCCGUUCUGGCGCAUGGGAGGAUGUUUUCGGACGCAAGGAGAUCAACCGCUGGCUCGCGCGUAUCGAGAAGCUCACAUCCAAGGCGAAGAGUUCUCCAGCGACGAUGAGCGCUGUGCCCACAACCGUUCCUACUGUCAAACCCACAGGCACCGCGACUGCGUCUUUGUCUGCUGCUCCUGCGGACGACUAA